AUGCUGAAAUCAGGCAUGGGAAUUGGUGGGAGUAAGCAGAUGAAAAAACAUGUUAAGGGCACUUCCAGAAAGGGGUGCAUGAAGGGAAAAGGAGGCCCUGAGAAUGCCACUUGCACCUACAAAGGUGUGAGGCAGAGAACUUGGGGCAAAUGGGUGGCUGAGAUCCGUGAGCCCAACCGUGGUGCACGCCUCUGGCUAGGCACAUUUGAGACGGCCGGUGAGGCUGCCCGUGCCUAUGAUUCUGCAGCACGCAAGCUCUAUGGAUCUGAUGCACAACUCAACCUCCCACCUCGUCCUGUGCCCAUGAAUCCCCAUCCUCUACCACCUUACCUUCCUCCCAACCCUCAGAUCCCCCAAAUGCCACCACCACCACAGCCUCAAAACCCUCAGAUUUUCCUUCCCUAUGAACUUCUCAGUCUCUGUUCCUCUGAUCUCAUCAACAACCUCACCAACAACCCCAACAUCAUGACCAACCCCCUGGUCUCCAUGCCCCCUGAUCAGCAUGCAAUUGCUGAUUCUGCGCCUGUGUACACCAGCGACUCUCUUGUCGGAAUUCCCUAUGAAACCAGCACCACCCCCAUGGGGAUUUACCCCUCCAACCCUGUGGAGAUGGAGGGGAACAUGCUUGGUCCUUUUUGGGGGUCAAUCAACGACCUUCCUUACCCUUUGUUUGAUGAGUCCAUCUGGACCGAAGCUGCUAUGUCUCUGGAUUUCCCUGUCAUACCAGAUGCUGAUGGAAUUUAUGGAGCUGAAACCUUUUAUGAAGUGGGUCCUUGGGACUCUAUGCAAACUCCUUGGUGCAUGUAA